AUGCGUUUUCCUUGGACCAUAAAGAGGGCCGCUACCGCAAUCACUGCCCAUGUUCCAGCACGUCAGUCGAAUACGAUGUCGGUAGCUGAACAGCGAGCACUUCGACAGAGCUGGAAUGCAGCUCUAGACGCCGCUCACUUCGGCAGUCUUGAAUCCAUGGAAAGCACCUCAGGGAACAGCCUACGAAGAAGUUCGAGUUGGAAGGACAAAAUGUCCUUGCCCUUCUUCUCAAAGCGAUGUACCCAGGUGAAAACUGUUCAACAGGAUGAGCUCCUUAAAAUGAUUGCUUCUGGUAAGCCUAGCUACGAACAGGUGCAUAGGUGGAGGAAAUCAUUCGAAGCCCUGCUAGCUGACAAGUAUGGUCUAGCACUCUUUAAGGAAUUUUUGGCGACUGAAUUUAGCGAUGAGAACAUUGAAUUUUGGAUUGCGUGUGAGGAGUAUAAGACUAUAACGCAACCGAAAAAGCAGCAGGCAAAAGCCCAAAAAUUUAUGAAGAUUUCAUUGCAACUCAGGCGUGCAGAGAGAACGGCUCCCAUGGCAUAUUCAAGGAUAAACUUGGACUCAGUCACACGCGAGCAGACAAUCGCAGAAUUGGCUUCGCCUUCCACACACACAUUCGAGAAUGCACAAAAACGCAUCCAAGCAUUGAUGGAGCGCGACUCCUAUGGGCGCUUCCUGCGUUCCGACCUCUUCCUCACCCUUCUCAAUCAAGCUAAACAGGCGGCGCGAGAGUUGGCAGCCGCAGCCCGCGACGGCCACGAGGGCGGCGGUGGCAACUUAUCUGGUGAGAGCUCGGCGCGUUUCCGCCUGCUUAACUUCAUGGGGGGUGGAGGUGGUGUGUCCGGACCUCUGCGGGCGGGUGGUGUGGGAACUGACCUUCCCGGUGUCCUAGCGGCUGCCGCCGACGCUGAGGCGGGGAUGAACUCGGUGCAGGACCUCGAACUCCUCGGUCUUUCCACCUCUCGGCAUAUGCGUAAUAUGACCAAAAAUGCGGCAAAUAAGCGUUCCACCUCCUCUGGCAAAUCUUCCACCUCUCCGGCCAAAGCACCUGUAUCCUCAUAUAACCCCUCUGUUGUCAGGGCAAUCUGA